AUGUCCCCUUACUUUGGACAUUGGUCAUCUGUCAUCUUUGUUAUCGAAGCAUCAGUCUUGAUCUUUGAUUUUCAGCUUCAGCAUUUCGUUUACUACUCAAAAAUCGUUUUUGAUGUGCAUCAUUUGAGAAGCGAAGAUGAUUUAUAUGAUGGCUCUGACAGAGCAGAAGCAGGAGCAGCAGGGACCGGAACAGUAUCGAUCGUGGCUGUAUGCAGUGGUCUGGUCGCUGUACCUCUAACCUACGCUUACUUGAGUGAACCAUUCAUCAUUGUGCCUCCCGGCGACAACUGCAAAUCACAACUGUAG